CACGGAUUAGUUUUCUCAUGUCAACGAAAACUUCUGAACGAAUCUCUUUUCAAGCUUUGAAGACAAUUCCCCUAUUGGUUGGAACUCAGUUGAUUACCAGAAUAGUUUCCUUUUCACUAAGGCUAUGGACUAUUAGAAACCUACUUCCUGAACAAGUGGCGUUUUCAGAUGUUCAGUUAGCGUUGUUCUCCUCGUUAUCUCUCAUGCCUUGGAGAGAAGGCUUUCGACCAACAAGUCUACGUUUCACAACUAAUCAACAGGUUCUGUUGAACUGGUACUUAUCAUGUGGUUUUUAUUUUACUUGUUUGAUUGGCUUCUUAUCUUGUGUCAUAUUUUGGCGUCUUUCUGGUUUUUCUCCUUGGCCUUGGGCUCUAGAACUUGUUGCUCUAUGCUUAGAAGCACUUUCAGAUAUCCACUGGGUACAGUUGACACAGCGAGAUCAAUAUAAGGAACGUUCUUUGGCAGAAGGCACUAGUCUCAUUUGUUGUACAACUUGUCUAAUUUUGCUUCUGCAUUUUCGUAUGCCAUAUGGGUUCGCAGUUCCAUUGAGCCAUAUAGCUUAUAGUUGUAUGUUGAAUAUAUGUUUCUUGUGGUUGCUUUCAGACAAUAAUAGUUUUCUUCCUUGUCAUUUCAAUGAAGUUUUGAAGAUACCUGCAGGAAUAGAGUCUCAUUUAUGGAUUACCUUUUACUCUGUUCUUCGAGCUUGUCCAAAGUUUCUUCUUGGAGAUGGUGAAAAUAUCAUUCUUAUUUUAUUGAAUGAUAUAAAAGGUCGAGGAAACUAUAAAUUUUCUGCCAAUCUAGGUUCAUUGAUACUUCGCUUCUUGUUUCGUCCAUUAGAAGAGCAGGCUCAUAUUGUGUUUUCUCGUUAUGCUUCGGAUUACUUGGAAAGAUCGAAGAGAGCUCGUGUAUUGAAUGAAUGGAAGCAUUUCUUAUGUACUUUAUUGCGAUUUGAAAUAGUAUUAUGUUCAAGUCUUUGUAUAUUGGGUCCCUUUUUCAUUCCAGACUGUAUUGCUCUCUUUUUUGGGAAUCAAUGGAAGUCAUCUGUUUUCUUAUUGGAAUGCUACAGUUAUUAUAUCUUUGCUAUGGGAUUGAAUGGCCUACUUGAAGCUUUUUAUACAUCUGUUGGUGAUAGGAGAGCCAUUGCAAAUUAUACAUAUUAUAGUUGGUUUAUUUCUUUGUGUUACUUGGGACUAGCAUAUUUUUUGUCACAACGAAUUGGCAUAGUAGGACUACUCAUUGCAAAUAUUGCCAAUAUGUUUGCCAGAAGUUUAUUCUGUUUUAUAUUUGUUUUAUCCAUUUUUUCUUGCAAGGGCUUUCGUCAAAGCGUUCCUAGUGCUUGGUUUUGGGUAGCACUGUUUUAUGGAUAUGUUGUCUUGAAGUAUAUUUCUUCAUCACUCUAUUUUUCUAGUGAACAUGUGACCAAGUUUUCUAUUUUUACUAGACUGUUGUAUCGCACAUUGUUGCUUAUUCCUUUGUUGUGGGUAUUGUUCAUGAAAGAAUCCCGCCUCUUAUAAAGAAUUCUUUAGUUUUUGAUUUUGUG